AUUAGAAUCACAGAACAAAAAUAAACUGGGCAACGCUCAACCUUGAACGAGAGAGAGAGAGAGAGAGGGUUGCGUUGUUCGUGUAGCUGUGGGUUUCUUUGUCCCUGUAACUGGUUUGAAGGAGGAAACGUAACCGAAAGUAGGUUUUUCUGUUGGUGUUCAACUGUGGAAGAGGAACAAUGUCAGUGACUGCAGGUGUUAGUGAUACAAUAAUAGCUGUUAGGGAUAAGCUUAGAGGUAAAAUUGGCCAAACAAAAGUUAAGAGGUAUUGGCCUGGUAAAAUUCCUGAAUGGGCUGAUGAUGAGAAUGAAGAGGUUGUUGAUGUUAGGCCCACCAGGGAAGCUGCUUUGGAGAAAGCAUUUCCUCGUCAUGACGAUGAUACUACUAUUGUUAAAAAGGAUGAUAGUAGGUUGAAUCGUUUGGCCAAGAGUCGAAUAGAUAACCGUGAGGAAGUCAGGGCUGAUCAUCGUCGAAUUCGGCAGGCUGAGAUUGUUUCUAUCAUUGAAGAGGAGGCCAGGAGACAGGAAGGGUUGGAAUUGGAAGAGGAAGAUGAGAAUGCUUUGGCUGAACGAAGAAGACAACUUAAAGCAAAGUUGCUUCAAAGAGAGAAGGAAGAAGCGCUUCCUCAGGAAGAGGAGGAGGAGGAGGAGGAAGAAGAAGAAGAGGAGGAAGAGGAAUCUGAGUAUGAGACUGAUUCGGAUGAGGAAUAUACGGGAGUGGCUAUGGUGAAGCCUGUGUUUGUUCCCAAGUCGGAGAGAGAUACUAUUGCUGAGCGGGAGCGUCUUGAAGCUGAAGAGGAGGCCCUUGAGGAAGCAAGGAAAAGGAGAUUGGAGGAAAGGAGAAUUGAGACGAAGCAGCUUGUUGUUGAGGAGGUCCGGAAGGAUGAAGAAAUCCAGAAAAAUUUGGAAAUGGAGGCAAACAUUGCUGAUGUGGAUACUGAUGAUGAACUCAAUGAGGCAGAGGAAUAUGAAGCUUGGAAAGUGAGAGAGAUUGGUAGGAUCAAGAGGGAUAGGGAGGAUCGGGAAGCAAUAUUAAAGGCUAAAGAAGAGAUUGAGAAGGUGAGAAAUAUGACAGAGGAAGAGAGGAGAGAGUGGGAAAGGAGGAAUCCAAAACCUGCUCCACCAUCAAAGCAGAAAUGGAGAUUUAUGCAGAAAUACUAUCACAAGGGUGCUUUCUUCCAGGAUGAUUCUGACGAUCGAGCUGCCACUGUUGGGUCUGAUAAUAUUUUUGCACGUGAUUUCUCUGCCCCAACUGGGGAAGAUAAAAUGGAUAAGACAAUAUUACCCAAGGUUAUGCAAGUCAAGCACUUUGGUCGUAGUGGAAGAACUAAGUGGACCCAUCUUGUCAAUGAGGACACUACUGAUUGGAACAACCCGUGGACUUACAAUGAUCCACUUCGUGCAAAGUAUAAUGAGAAAAUGGCAGCAGUGAACGCACCUAUAGCAAAACCUAAAGGAAGCAAAAAAUUGAAGGAUUGGGAAUCUCGAUGAAUUUGAAGCUGUCCUUUCAGUUAUUAGAUUAUGGAGAAAUACCAGAUUCGAUAUGUCGUAUCCUAUGUAUGCUUGUGUUCUUUCUUAAGACAAAAGGUGAAGUAGUUCAUCAUGGCUUACGCAUGAUCAUUGAGGGCAGUUCAUGUAGAUUGUAAUUGGAAUUUAUGACUAGCUUAUCCGGAUAUUCUUUCUCAGUUAAUUAAUGGUAGCCGAUUAAGAGUUAUGUGGGUUUAACAGCUUAUGACUGUGACUUCCUUUCUUGUUUUGUCAUCACUUUGACUUUAUUACUGGUUACUUAUGUGGGUUUUAUGGAGUUUGUCUAUAUUGAUGUGUCGGGAACAUAUUAGGUCUGCGUUCGCUUGAAGUUCUAAAUUCUGGAUGAGCAAGACUUCAUAAUCAGCGUUCAGCAAAGUCAC